UGCAAAUAACGUGACGACAGAUUUGUAUAAAAGAAACGAUGCUAACGAUAAAUUUAACGGAUUAACACGAACAGAGCAAAAUGUCGAUCGUCUACCUUAUUUUGAUCUGCCUGCCGGCCUUGACCAUGGCCCAGAACGUGAACUUGAAGCCCUAUAACGUCACGGCCGCCGUGCUCUUCUUACAGGUCGACACGAACAUGAAUAACAACGUGGACAAGACUGAGCUUCACGCCAGUUUCCUGUCCUACGACACCGACGGCGACGGCAGAAUCACCAGACACGAGUACACCACCUACGUGGACGCCCACAGCCCAGCCCUCCACCCCCUGUCCCACGCCCUCUACGACAUCUACGACGUGGACGGUGACCACCAUCUGGACGAGCACGACUUCGACAACUUUUAUGGUUUAAUGGACACCGACAACAACGGAAUCGUCAGCGAUGAUGAAUUUAUCAAAUACUGGGAGAUUCUCUUUGUUGACCUCGAACAUCUUCACGGUGGUGGACGCUAAAGAACGCUGAC